CUUGGGAGCAGGGAGAGAGCUAUGGCGAAACGCUCUCGUCUUCAUGCCCGUGCCUGCCAUGGCGUUCGUCCUUUCCUCGCCCCGUCUACCUGUUGUGUCCUCUACAGCAGCAGCUGCUUCUGCAUCGUCCAGGGCUUCUGGAUCGCAAUGUUCAGGACUAAGCUCUCGGCAGCCGAUUUGGUCCACUUUUGGUUUAGAGAGGACGUUGCUUUUGGGCAGUGUGCCAGACGGCUCUGCGUCACGCAAUGUAGGUCUGGAGACGCAAAUUGGCGGUGCUUGGAGCUCAGUUAGAUGCAGUUUGAGCGAGGAGCAAGGUACUUGCACAACUUCCUGCAGUGGAAGAAAUGAAAUUCAGGAUGAAGCGUCGCCGGGACGCCGGAAGGUCCUCAAUUCGAUUCUUGGCGUGUUGGCAAUGAGCAUGUUGGGGAAUGGUGGAGAGGCACUGGCGAGAGAUCGACGGAACAAGAAGACGAUCGCUGAAACGGAUUAUCUAACAAGUGAUACAGGUAUUAAAUAUUUCGAUAUCGAAGAAGGGAAGGGAGCAGUUGCUACUAAAGGCGAAUCUGUUAUGGUACAUUUCGAUUGCGUGUACAAGACCAUCACUGCUGUCUCGAGCAGAGAGUCAAAACUUCUUGCUGGAAAUCGAACAAUUGCUGAGCCAUACGAGCUUACCGUAGGAGCUGAACCUGGCAGGGAGCGGAAGCGGGAUUUCGUUGACAACGCUAAUGGGCUUUUCUCUGCUCAGGCUGCUCCAAAACCUCCUCCGGUUCUAUAUUCAAUUGUUGAAGGCAUGCGUGUAGGUGGCAAACGAACCGUGAUUGUUACUCCCGAGCUUGGUUACGGCAAAAAGGGGCAAAAUGAAAUCCCUCCCGGUGCGACAUUUGAGCUGAAUAUCGAAUUGCUUGAAGUGAAGAAGCCUCAAACUUAAAAAAAUUCCACUAGACGACUCAGGACAAGCAUCCAUUCUCAUUUGACGACUAAAAUCCCCGUCACCCUUCAAUUAAAGAAGUUUGAGCACUUCUCAUGAUUACUCUUUGAGAUUUGGAAAACCAAAACAAUAGUGAUACCAUUACUUCCAAAUACGAGUUUUCUGGACGAUUUGAGUUAGUACCCUAAGUAUUUUUUGUGAAGCAUUAUGUUGUCGAAACUGAGAAGUAAUAUAUUGAAUGUCCUCGCUGUUUUGUAGUU